UGACGCGUCACUGCCCAGCGGCAUUGUGGGCGGAGUUAGCCAAGUUUCACCCUGUACUCACUUCACGGAGGAUAGAUAUGUGUCCAUCCGGGCAGUUUGACCCUUUGUGAGGGUUAAAGUACUUCGUUUUUAAAUAUUUUCACGGUGUUUUGUAGCUCCUCGGUCUGGUGUUGAAAAUGAUGCGCUUCAUGCUGCUCUUCAGUCGCCAGGGGAAGCUGCGUCUGCAGAAGUGGUUCACGUCCAUGUCGGAACGUGAGAAGAAGAAGAUCAUCAGGGACAUGACCACCAUGGUGCUGGCACGGCAACCCCGCUCCUGCAACUUCAUGCAGUGGAAAGACCUAAAGAUUGUUUAUAAGCGGUAUGCAAGCCUGUAUUUCUGUUUGGGAGUAGAGAGCCAGGAAAAUGAGCUGCUAGCCCUGGAGAUCAUUCAUCGCUACGUGGAGCUGCUAGACAAAUACUUUGGCAAUGUGUGUGAGCUGGACAUUAUCUUUAACUUUGAGAAGGCCUAUUUUAUCCUGGAUGAGUUUCUAAUGGGAGGCGAGAUCCAGGAAACCUCUAAACAGAUUGUGAAUCGCUCCAUUGAAGCCUCAGACAUGUUACAGGAGGAUGACAUCAGUGAGUGGUAUGAGGUGGAGCUGUUUGGAUGACCUUGAAUAUGGACAGAAAGACAUUGGAGGAGUACAUGAGCAAACCUGCAUUUUAGCUUGUGGGGGUGGGGGACAAAAGGACAUGAACUAACAGCAAAGAAGAAGACGGGAGCAAGAUGUGCUAUAUAGCAGUCACAUACUUUUCUGAACCUGAAAAUCGAGCGAACUUCGAUUCUACUGAACAUUUUCAGAAGAGAAAAAUCUGGCUUUACUUGAAUGUCUGCCUAAAUCAUAGCUUUGUGCAUCAUGUCUUUUGUGGCGACUCUAAUAUACAUUAACAGUAAUGCAUUCAAGUGAAAGGAGAGUUUGUAUGGGUGCGUUUCUGUGUGGAGGAUAUGGGUUGGGGUUGGGAGGGGUUUUUCGAUGUCAAUUGCAGUUAUUAAAUUUGAAGUAAUAACAAGAUGGUGGGUAUUUAAAGGGAAAAAAAAUCAUGAUCAGGAAGUGAUGUUCCGAUUUCCAAAUUUCCUGUAUUUAUCAUGUAUUAAUAUGUCAGAAAUUAAUGUUUGGAGUCUGUCUGAGAAGUCUCUGAUAUAUAUAUUUUUUGUGUGUGUGCCAAUCACUCAGCAACUUACGGAGUUACUUACAGCACAGAACUCGUUUUGAUAUAACACUGAUACCAAUGAUUACCUGCUGUUUUUAAUGUGCAAGACAUACAACGUGUGUUUGACUGUUAGUCUUUUAAAAAGGGCACUUGCUAUGCUAGUGUGGGUGUGAUUUUCUUUUUUUUUCUUUUUUUAAAUGUAUACAUUUGAUGUGCAUUUUCUGAUGUUACAAAUAAAAUGUUUUUUGAUAAGCAA